CAACUCAACAUUUCUGCCGAAUUUCUCUCUCCCGUGCUCCAAUGUGCGCAUCAGCCGAGGCGGAUUUCAACACAAAAAACUUUGUCAAAGAAGAGUCCCAGGGCGCACAGGAUGCUCCACAGCGCAUGCAGCAGCGAGUUCAACGCACACUAGUGAGUGCGGCUGUUCAGGAACGACUCCACAUGAAGUUGUGAGUGUAAACUAAAUAAGCAGGAUUUUCUCCCGGUUAUAGGGUCACAAAGCAAGUGUCAUUCACUCUGGGCAUGGACAAUGGAUACUUUAAGUCUGUCAGUGAACGCGGUGUCCUACACUGUGGCAGCUGAACUCUCCACUGCUGAUGACCCGUUUAAUGGACCCAUCAAGAACAUCGCGCCAUGGAACUUCACUAUCCUGGCCGUGCUCAUGUUUGUGGUCACCUCGCUGUCUCUGAGCGAGAACUUCCUCGUCAUGUUUGUCACUUUCAAGUACAAACAACUCAGACAGCCCCUCAACUAUAUAAUAGUUAAUCUGGCCAUCGCUGACUUUCUGGUCUCCCUCAUCGGUGGAGUAAUAAGCUUCCUGACAAACGCCAAGGGUUAUUUCUUCCUUGGGAAGUGGGCUUGCGUCUUGGAGGGGUUUGCUGUUACUUAUUUCGGCAUUGUGGCCCUGUGGUCCCUCGCUGUUCUGUCCUUCGAACGAUUCUUCGUGAUCUGCCGGCCUUUGGGGAACAUCCGACUGCAAGGGAAGCAUGCCAUCCUGGGUCUGCUGUUCGUCUGGACCUUCUCCUUCAUCUGCACCUUCCCUCCAGUGCUGGGCUGGAACAGAUACACUAUAAGCAAGAUCGGAACCACCUGUGAGCCUGACUGGUAUUCAACCAACAUGGUCGAUCACAGCUACAUCAUCACUUUCUUCGCCACCUGCUUCAUUCUGCCUCUUGGAGUAAUAUUCUUCUGCUAUGGAAAGCUCCUGCGGAAGCUCAGGGAGGUAUCUCAUGGCCGUCUGGCCAGUGCCAGGAAGCCAGAGAAGCAGGUGACCCGUAUGGUGGUGGUGAUGAUUGUGGCAUUCAUGGUGGGCUGGACGCCGUACGCAGCCUUCUCUAUACUGGUCACAGCUCAUCCAACCAUCAAACUUGACCCCAGGAUGGCUUCCAUCCCCGCCUUCUUUUCCAAGACAGCUGCUGUGUACAACCCCAUCAUCUACGUCUUCAUGAACAAACAGUUCAGGAAGUGCCUCAUCCAGCUGUUCAACGGCACAGGGACCAUCCCAGACAGCAACCUGAACCCGACCUCAGAGCGUCCUGGAAUUACUGUAGAGAGUCAGACAGGAGAAAUGUCAGCCAUUGCGACCCACAUCCCUCUGGGUGGCACUGGGUCUGAUGAUUCUCCAACCCACUGUGGCUCGUUUGUCCAUCUGCCGAUCCCAGAGAACAAAGUGUGUCCAAUGUAACAGUAAACCUCAUCCCAAAAGGUGUUCUCUUACCCCCAGUGUCCAUAAUAACCGUCUGUAAUCUAUAGUGUAUUUCAGAAACUGUUUGCACAACGACAUAACUUUAACCAUUUUGUUCAUUUGUUGGGGAGAUGGAGGAUGCAGUGUGGAGAAGGGUUUUCAUGGUCAAUGAUUCUCGCACUUUAAAAAUAAAAUGUUCACUUGCAAUUAGACACAAAACAUCAAACACUAGCAAACGUUUACUUUGUUUGUUCAAUUAUUGAUACAAAAAAAAAUAGAUCUAGAUAUCUUGUAAAAAUGGGCUUGCCAGACACUCUGUCCACUAUCAUUGCACACCUGCUCAUAUGUCACAUUAGAGGGCACUUGAUUCAAAUUGAUGGCGCCUGCCUUUAUAUCCCAAUGAAAGAAGAGACCUUGACAUCAGUUAGUCUCGGGCUAGCCAGUUUUUCAGAUACCACAAAGCAUCCAGCCUUUCAUCUCAUCCUCACUUUCUCCUUUGAAGUCCUGUGAUGGUGCCUGUAGAGAAAGCAUUGUUUUUCUAUGCUGUUUCAGUACUUUGCUCUGGCAGCGCAUCUUCAUUCAUCUCCGCGCGUCCAGAGGACAGAGCAGCAGUCUUCUGAAUUUGGAUACUUUUACUUUUGUUUUCUUUUGGGUCAAAGCUUUCAUCUUUAGUGAAGAUGGUCAGUGGGACUUGAAUAUGCCAGUCUCCUGUUGCCUCUGAUGCAGAUGUAGGAGGACAAUAUAUGUAUGAAGAGCCAGCAGGGGAUCAACACACACACACACACACACACACACACACGCACGCACGCACGCACACACGCACGCACGCACACACACACAGCAGUUCACUGCCUGUAUUAUGAUGCUCUCGAUAGGCACUGUGAUGAUACAAUGCACCAAUAAAUAUCCUAGCACAAGAGUGGCUUAGCUAAGCAGCCAUGUACAAAAGCAAUGAGUGUUGCCAUCAUAAGCACAGGUCAACAGCAAUAUUCAAGCUAAAUACUGUCACACACUGUUGAACACUUCAGCGUUAGCUACAGUAGAUGUAGUGCAUUAAAAUGUCUUCUACUUGACUUUGUGGUGCAUGUUUGUUGACUAUUACUGGAUAUUUGUCAGGACACUGUUGUAUUCUCUAUGCUGCACAGUGAUUCAACAUGUUGAUGUUUGCAAUGUACUGGGUGUGUGUUCCAAUCAUGUUUGAUGAGUCUGGUAGGAGUAAAAUGAUCAUCCUUAAGAAUUAUUGCAUCUGUGCCAAAUGACCUGUGAUGCUUUGAUAUGAUUAGCAUAACAACAUGAGACCACGGGGAAGACGACUGGCAACUCAGCUUCUAUCUCACAUCAGUGUUUCCCAGAAUUAAGAACUCAUUUGUUAUAAACCUUGUUAACUAUGAAAACACUUUUUAGAUAACCUUUAUGAAACUUAAAGCUGCAUUAGUCAAUAUUUUCAGUGUGAACAAUUGGCAAAAUGCCUCUGUGUGAAGUAAAAGAGUUGCUCACAAAUGUCACAGAGAGUCAUCACCCAAACUACUCAGCAGUAAGUAGGAGUUUUCAGCUGAAAACACUUCAAUAAACCAACUGCAUGCUACCUGCCCAGCAGCAAAUGACGGACAAACAAAUCUUGCGCCCAGCUAGCAAAGAACGUUCAACACUUUGAAGCAAAAUAAACAUAAAACAGUGAGAGGAUUUUAAACUUCCAUGUGUUUAGAAACACAAUUCCAAAUAAUUCUAAUAUUCCUCCGUUUCUUUGUACGUGAGUUCAAGUAGGCAACACACCAGUGUAACAUUGUGGUCGCUAUGGUUUGGCAAUUCUUUGCCCCCAAGACAAAAAAAAAGAUUAAUGCAGUUUUAGGUGUUUUCUUUUACAUACUAAUCUUUCAUCUGCCAUAACCAGAAACCUCUAUUUAAUAAUAUAAGGAAAUUCAAAUUCCUUAACGUAGGCUAAACUUUCGUUCAGUUGUCAGUAGAUAUUUCCAUUUUUCUCACAGAUGUUUUCUAUUUAUGGUGAUUAUAAUCAUGUCUCAAUAUUAACAUGUUCAAGCCAUAUCCCAGGUCUGUCACAAUUUGCUGUUACUGUUUGCAAAAUUAAAAGAAUAAAACACUA